GAUGAUGUGAACAUGUUGAUGAAGGCCACCGGCAGCCCACUGCUGCAGCACAUUACAAAUAAUAAAGUUUAAAUGAAACAUCGUAAAGUGUUGUUUUGUUUCUCGACAACCUUUCAUUGUCAUGGUUUAUGCAUUUUUUGUGUGUUCAAUUUCAUCGGGAACCUGUAAAGUACUUUACUCGGUUAUAUUUGCGAACGAAAAGACGGUUUCAGGCAAUGCUUUAGCUGAUGAUCAACGAGAAAUAAACAAGAAAAACAUUGCAUUUGUCGCAUCAAAAGUUCAGUCAGAAUUCUCAUUCCGUGGUGCAGUUAAUACUUCUAUUUCAAAUGCUGGUGAGCUGGCUAAAAAUACUGGGCCUAACACAGCAAUGACAUCUGGUAUUUUCAGACUUUAUCCUGCACAGCCAUUUACCACAGAGAAAAUAGUCAUUUGGAAAGUACAGAAAAGUUGUGGUAUGGGAAUGAUUUGCGAGCGUUAUGAGAACAGAAUCAUGGCUGAGGCAAUUUUAGUGAAAAUAUUAAAGUUUGCACAACAGCAUUGCAAUUUAUUGGAACGUCCACAUGAGGUUGUCUUGAAACCAGACAGAAUGGAGGCGGUUCUUCACCAUUUUUUGCCAUCGGGUCAGUUAUUAUUCAUGAAUCAUCGCGUUGUGAGACAGUUGGAGAAAGAGCUCAAUUUGACGAUAAACAACAAAAGUUAAAAAAUUUCACUUAAGAUUUAGCAGUUUAUGAAAUGGUGGAAGUAUACUUAAAUUGUCGUAUGUGCGCAAGAAAUAGUUGCUUUCAUACAAAUAUGUGCUUACGCAUUUAUAUAUUUGAUCAACAUAUGGUACAAAAUGUUGAUCACUUCUCACGUUACUGACCUCACGAGCCUGGUCGUCGUUAACCUAAAGUAUCUUAAUGUAUCUUAUUAUGUUAUUCAUAGUAUUUUUGAAUGGAAACAUGGCAUUAUUGUACUGCUUAGCAAAUGAUUGAUCAAAUAUUGCUACUUUAUUAUGUGGGGUAAAUAAAAAUGUUUACCGUUAAA